CGUUGUAUUUCAUCGAAGAGAACAUUUUCAACCACACGAACACAGAUGCCACACCGUACGGUACCAUCAUGAAUUUGCCGUAACUUUCAAAUACACUCCACGACAACACAACUGAUCCAGCACCUAAUUUCUAUCUCAUGCGUUUCGCUAUUGCUGUUUCCGCCCUCGUAGCCCUUGGCUCUGCCAGGAACGAAGAGAAUAGUAGUGGCAGAUCGCUGAAAACCAGCCAUCAACCCCCUCGUGAUUCCAUCAACCAUGGAUUGUCUGAUAUCAAGAGCCUUGGCAAGGAAAGCAAUACUAGGCUUCUGUCGCAAAACCAAUCCACUGACCACGGAUCUGCCAGAACUCGUUUGGAAAAGGAUCUAGAAUUCUUUCCAGACCUUGGUAUCAUAAAYCAACAUGGUACUUCCUCUCAUUCUAUUUCUGUUGAAACAUAUCGAGUCAAUGACUGUAAGCAGAAAGAACAUUUAGGAGAUUCAAGCAUGCAAAACGAAAACGAAUCCUUUGAUGACACAAUUGUUGAUCCAAUUGUUGAUCCAAUCGUUGAUCCAAUCGUUGAUCCAAUCGUUGAUCCAAUCGUUGAUCCAAUCGUUGAUCCAAUCGUUGAUCCAAUCGUUGAUCCAAUGCAUUCGCGGGCACGCCAAAAGGAGCAUCACAUAGUUCAGUCGAAAACGGACUGCGCUGCCGCUUGUCCCAACGAACGACCAGUUAUAAACGUUUCAGGAGAAGAAUUCAGGACUCUCGUUGAUGAAUGCCUGAAAGAAACAUGCAAAUACGACCUUCCAAUCAACUGCUGGAACGUAUCGAGUGUCACGGACAUGACGUCUGCAUUUCGGGAUCAAGAAGAAUUCAACGAGCCGCUGGAAUGCUGGGAUACAUCCAGCGUGACAUCCAUGGAAGCAAUGUUUUUCGAAACAUACAGCUUCAACCAGCCGAUUGGUGAAUGGGAUGUAGGAAACGUGGAGAACAUGAAAGAUACGUUUUACUAUUCGAAUUUCAACCAGCACAUUGGUGAUUGGAAUGUGGCAAACGUAAGAAACAUGCAAGGCAUGUUUGGCGAAUCAUAUCGGUUCAACCAGCCCAUUGGCGGUUGGAACGUAACAAAUGUGAGAGACAUGAAGUCGAUGUUCUUUUUUACCUAUUUCAACCAGCCCAUUGGGAAUUGGGAUGUGUCGAAAGUGACAGAUAUGAGUUAUAUGUUUCAGGCUACAUCUUCCUUCAACCAAAACAUCGGCAAUUGGAAUGUUGCGAAAGAGGUAAACAUGAAGAACAUGUUUUACGAUGCAARAGCAUUCAAUCAAUGUCUGGAAAUGUGGGGUAAGAAACUUUCACGGAAGAGCAACAAAAAAAAAUUCAAAUCWAUGUUUGGAGGCAGUGGAUGCCCGAAUCGAUCGAAUCCGACCCCACCAAAAGGGCCCUGGUGCCAAACCAACAAGGAAUCCUGCAGCCUGCCCGACUCCUCUCCGUGUGAAAACCGGAAUUCCUUUUCGUUCAGGGGGGGARGCAUUACCUGCAGCCAAUUAGAUAACUUUAGCAAAGACAAGAAGAAACGGUGGUGCCAAAASAGCGUAKUGAAAUUCGGCUGCCCUGGGGUUUGCAACCGUCGAUGCACUUGCAAGGACAAGAUAGGAUUCAGGAUCAAGACGCGCAGGUUCCUAUGCAAUAAUUUGGGGAAAAACAAACGGCAGCCMACCUGCGACACCAAGGUGGGCAAGAACACUUUGGUAGAAGAUCUCUGUCCCGAAAAGUGCGGCUCUUGCUGGAAAUAUCUUCUGGUGAUUUGAAAGUAAUUGAAAGUAAUUACAUAAAUUUCAUAUUUUUUG